AUGUCUGGGAAAGUAGAUAAGAAAGUACAGAAAAAGUCUUCAAACAAUGAACUGACUUCAUUAGCUGCGAAAAUCAAAAUAAGAGCCUUAGAAAACCAAAAGAAACUGAAAGAACAAUCAGAACAAGAAUCUUCGAAAGAGAGCGAGGAUGAGGAACAGGAUGAAAAUGCCAAAACAAAUAAAAGAAGUCAUAAAUCAAAACAAGAAGAAGAAGAUGAAGAUGAAAAUUCAACAAGUUACGAAACGUUUGAAACAUUCUCGGAACUAAACCUAGUACCAGAAUUAAUUCAAGCUUGUAAAAAUUUGAAUUAUUCCAAACCAACUCCAAUUCAAUCCAAAUCCAUCCCUCCAGCAUUGAAAGGGCAUGAUAUUAUCGGUUUAGCACAAACUGGUUCAGGUAAAACUGCAGCAUUCGCCAUUCCGAUCUUAAAUAGUUUAUGGCAUGAUCAACAACCAUAUUAUGCCUGUAUCUUGGCACCUACCAGAGAAUUGGCCCAACAAAUCAAGGAAACUUUUGAUUCAUUAGGAUCACUCAUGGGAGUCAGAUCAGUUUGUAUUGUUGGUGGUAUGAAUAUGAUGGAUCAAGCUCGUGAUCUAAUGAGGAAACCACAUGUUAUUAUCGCUACUCCAGGUAGAUUAAUGGAUCAUUUAGAAAAUACAAAGGGGUUUUCACUAAGAAAAUUGAAAUAUUUAGUUAUGGAUGAAGCUGAUAGAUUACUAGAUAUGGAAUUCGGUCCUGUUUUAGAUCGAAUCUUGAAAAUUCUUCCUACUCAGGGGAGAACCACAUACUUGUUUUCUGCAACUAUGACUUCAAAGAUUGAUAAAUUACAAAGAGCAAGUUUGACAAAUCCUGUCAAAUGUGCAGUGUCUAAUAAAUAUCAAACAGUUGAUACAUUGGUUCAAACCUUGAUUGUGGUACCUGGUGGUUUGAAAAACACAUUUUUAAUAUAUCUGUUGAAUGAAUACAUUGGGAAAAGUACGAUUAUAUUUACAAGAACGAAGGCAAAUGCGGAAAGAAUAUCAGGGCUAUGUAACUUGCUUGAAUUCAAUGCUACCGCAUUGCAUGGUGAUUUAAAUCAAAAUCAAAGAACCGGUGCCUUAGAUUUAUUUAAAGCAGGAAGAAAGACUAUUCUUGUAGCCACCGAUGUUGCUGCUAGAGGGUUAGAUAUUCCGUCCGUUGAUAUUGUUAUUAAUUAUGAUAUCCCAGUUGAUUCUAAAUCCUAUAUUCAUCGUGUGGGGAGAACUGCAAGAGCUGGUAGAUCAGGUAAAUCUAUAUCGCUAGUUUCUCAAUAUGAUUUAGAAUUGAUCUUAAGAAUUGAAGAAGUUUUAGGUAAAAAAUUACCAAAAGAAACUGUUGAUAAAGAGAUGAUAUUGACUUUAAGAGACUCUGUUGAUAAAGCUGAUGGUGAAGUUAUUAUGGAAUUAAAUAGAAGAAAUAAAGAGAAAGUUGCUAGAGGGAGAGGUGGAAGAAGAGGAAGAAUGCAAUCGAGACAAAACAUGGAUAGAGGCGAUUAA